AUGGAUGGGGUAUCCAACUUUAACGCAUUCCUAGCACUUCAUAAGCCCCAGCUUGUGCUCUCCGGUGUACCUGAACAUUAUUGGCACACGCUCAGCAAAAAACUUCAAGAUCAAAUUUUUGACUCAGGUCUUACAUUUCAGUUGGUGCAAAUAGAUUAUGAAGACAGCGAACGAAGGCCGUAUGACCCUCUAUGGAGUGUUAUGGCUGUACGUGAUAUAGACCGCAAUGACCCUAACCACAUCUACUUGAUCGAUCACGCAUGGACCUUUAAAGUGAAUACUAUUAAAGCUAAUCUUACCAAUGUACCUAGUCUUUUAGAAAGAAUGUGCAACUUGAUGCAGAUCUCUUGCGAUAGAACCGAAGAACAAAUUCAAGAAGUGGCUAAAUAUGUUUGGAAAUAUGCAAAUACAUAUUCUAUUGCUGGCAACGAAUUUUCUGUUGAAGACAGAGUUCCAGUGUGGUAUAUUAUGGAUGAAUUGGGUUCUGGAAUAACCCAUUCAGACAAUCCUAAUUUCCGAGCAGUUCCAUUUAUUCACGUUCCUAGUCAAAUUACGUUUACAAUUCUUUACCCUACCAAAGAUGUUGAAGAAGGUGAAACUAUUACAAGGAAUUUUGUAGAGGGCAAUUUUUCAGAUCCACUACAGAGAGAGGCAAUGCUUAUCCCCUGGAAGCGUUAUGAGCACUUUUAUGAUAUUGUGACCCAAGAAGAACCAAAUAGAAAAUAUUUUUUGGAGGGCCAUCUAGUUGAAACACUGCCAAAUUUGGACUUGUUGCAAAGUAAUAAUAUUUCUAACAGGCCAUUGAAGGUUUUUUCUGAUUAUCCACUGAUUAAUGAACACCUAACAAUCAGUGAAUUUGAAAUUGUAGAUAAUGAAAAUGAAGCUGACAUUUUAUGGUUUACUAGUCAUUUUAAAGCAUUCAAAGAGCUUAGUGUAGAUUUUCGGAAUAAAUUUGUAAAUCAAUUCCCAUUUGAAUAUGUUCUUACAAUAAAAGAUUUGCUAGCAAUUGUAGCAAGAAGAUGUUCUAAUACGAAAAUUAAUGAGGAUGAACUGGAAACGAGUCCGUUAUGGUUACCAACAACUUUCAACAUGAAAACUGAGUUAUCAAAAUUAGUAUCUUUUUACAUGCAGAGAAAAAAGAAAGGUUUAGAUAACCACUGGAUCUGCAAACCGUACAAUCUUGCUAGAGGACUUGACACCUAUAUUACUGACAACUUGGAUUUCCUUUGCCACUUACCCUUAACAGGGCCUAAAAUAGCCCAGAAGUACAUUGAAAAUCCAGUUCUUUUUCAAAGGCCAGAUAUUGGAGCUGUAAAGUUUGAUUUGCGUUAUGUAAUCCUUUUGAAAUCUGUUAAUCCAACAGAGGUCUAUGUAUAUAACAACUUCUUUUUAAGAUUUUCCAAUAAACCUUUCAGCUUAUGCGAUUUUGAAGAUUAUGAAAAGCACUUUACAGUUAUGAACUAUUCUGAAGACAUGCCCUUGUUCAGGUUAUUGUGUGAUGACUUCAAAAGAGCCUGGGCAGAGCAAUAUUCCGAUUAUAAAUGGAGUGAUGUAGAGAGAACAAUAUACAACAUGUUAAAAGAAUUAUUCACAGCUGCAACUUCAAAACCACCCCCCUUUGGAAUAGCUCAGAGUCCUCAGUCUCGUGCACUAUAUGCAGCUGAUAUAAUGUUAUCUUGGCGAGAAUGUGAUAAUGAGGAACUCAUUCAGCCAAAGCUCCUAGAACUCAAUUGGAUGCCGGAUUGCAAGAGAGCUUGUGAUUACUAUCCAGACUUUUAUAACGAUAUAUUUUCAUUGAUGUUUCUUGAUAAAACAGUAGAUACUUGCAUUCAAAUAUUGUAA